AUGAUCAUUAAGCGCGACGUUUCCAUCCCCACCUCUGACGGCCUUGUUCUCAAAGCAGAUGUAUUCAGACCAGAUGAAGAACAGUCCGAAUCUACCUCGCCGGUCAUCAUGACCAUGGGACCCUAUGGUAAAGGAGUAGAAUACAAAACUGGCUACACGGCCCAGUGGAACUGGCUCUUCAAGAAUCGCUCAGAUAUCCUCGCCGGUUCGACAAAGUCGUACAUGGCCUGGGAGACGAUCGAUCCCGAGAUAUGGACAUCUUGGGGCUAUGCCGUCAUACGAGUCGACUCCCGUGGCGCAGGGCGUAGUCCCGGUAUCAUUGACAUUUUUUCUCCGCGCGAGAUUCUAGAUUUCUACGAGGCCAUUGAAUGGGCUGGCGUGCAGGAAUGGUGCAACGGCAAGGUCGGGCUCCUUGGCAUCUCUUACUAUGCCAUCAACCAGUGGCUUGUGUCGGCGUUGCAACCCCCGCAUCUUGCCGCCAUGAUUCCCUGGGAAGGGUGUUCGGACAUGUAUCGAGAGACGUAUCGGCACGGAGGUAUACUCUCCAACACAUUCAACGAGUCCUGGUUCGCCAAGCAAGUGAUUACCAUCCAACAUGGCAACACCAACGGCUAUCAAGACCCGUGGCUCAAAGAAAAGUCCACGGGGCCAGAGACACUCGCCGAAGAAGAAUUGCAGGCCAAUCGAGUGAUCCCCAUCCAGAAUCCUCUUGCACGCCAUCUACUGGAUGACUGGUACCGUGAAAGGUCGCCAGAUUGGUCUCGCGUGGUGACGCCUCUGCUCAGCUCGGCCAACUUGGCUGGCUUUGGCCUGCAUGGCCGAGGCAACUUUGAGGGUUUCACGCGUGCCGCAUCGCGCCAGAAAUGGUUGGAGGUUCAUCCUGGGCGUCACGAUGAGGCAUUCUACCUCGAUCAUUCGAUUCAGCUACAGAAGCGAUUUCUAGAUUAUUUCCUUAAAGACGUUAAGAACGACUGGGACCAAGAGCCCCCAGUACUACUACGCAUCAGGCGACCCUCCCAAGCUUUGGGUGAGGUUCGCAAAGAACAGGCAUGGCCGCUCCCCAGCACACAAUGGAGAAAAAUGUACCUCCAGGCCGCAGACAAGACUCUGAUGGCUUCUGAAGCCAUCCAAGGAUCAUCGCUCACUUUUGAUGCCGCAACCAGUCAAGAUGUUCUUUUCCAAUCUGAACCUCUGCCGAUCGAGACGGAAAUCACCGGCCCCAUAGCCGUCAAGCUUUUCAUUUCCUCCUCUACUACUGAUGCCGACCUCUUUUUAACCUUCCAAGCGUUCUCGCCCGAAGGCAUCGAAGUAGAAUUUCAGGGGGCCUGGGAUCCACAUACUCCCCUGUCCAUGGGCUGGCUUAGGUCAUCGCAUCGCAAGCUCGACCCCACCAUGACCAAGCCCUAUCGCCCGUACCACAGUCAUGAUGAGAUCCAACCUCUUGAGCCCGGGUCCAUCUAUGAGUUGGAUGUGGAGGUCUGGCCAACCAGUAUCACCUUGCCGGCCGGUUAUACCAUCGGGCUUCGCGUUGGUGGGCGAGACUUUCAAAGGCCAGAGGCGCUCAACGACGACUCUCUUACCUGGAGGGAGAAAGGUGCAGGUCCAUUCUUGCACAACCAUCCGGACGAUCGAGGGUCUCCGACCUAUGCUGGGAAAACUACCAUUUAUUCAGGCAUCAGGACUAACUCUCACAUUUUGCUUCCAAUCAUUCCAUCCUAA